AGAUAGAUUAGUUUAUUUAAUUAAUUUGCAUGCACCCACACUUUUUUUUAAGUUCAUUUCUUAGUCAAUAUAUAGAACAGGAUUAUUCAACACCUUUUCUUCAGCAAGCUGAGUUUGAACUCAUGGCUUCUUCCUCUCAUUACCGAUCAAACAGCAUCGUUAAACAAUCUAGUGGAGCGUUACACAAUCCUCAUUUCUUUAAAGUUGUUCUUGAUGAUGCUCUCAAGGAACAAAAACUUGAAAUCCCAAGAAAGUUUGUGAGGGAAUAUGGCCUAAAAGCUUUGUUAAAGGAUCAAAUAUGUCUAAAAGUGAGGGAUGGCAAAGAAUGGAACGUUGGGUUGACAAAGAGUAAUAAUGGAACAAGAGUUUGGUUACAUUAUGGUUGGGAAAAGCUUGUAGGGUUUUAUUCUGUUAAAAGUGGCUACUUUCUUGUGUUCAAAUAUGAAAACCCAUCUCCGAGUUUCUAUGUAGUCAUCUUUGAUCAUACUGCCACGGAAAUUGAGUAUCCCGUAAAGAAAACUCGUCUGGAUAAAGCUAAGGAAAAGGUAAAAAUGGAGACAUAUUUUGAUGAUGAUUGUCUUGACCUAGAUUUCAAGGAUGGUGAUCUUAGCUCUGGGGUGAAGAAACCGACGAACAGCAGGUGGAGGCCGCCGUCGACGGGGAGCCAGCAAGCAAGGGCGAUGGCGGAAGCUAACAGAUUUCAAUCCAUGACUUUGAAUCCUUCUUUCAUCUGCAAGAUUUGGCCAUCACACAUUCAUCGCACAAAAUCUCUUAGUAUACCAAAAAAUUUUGCUGACAUGAAUCUAGAAGAUUCUAUCACAAAAAUAAUACUCAAAGCAUCAGAUGGAAGAAUGUGGAGUGGUGAAUGUGGCUUUUAUUGGACUCCUAAAAUGCAAAGGAUGACUUUCUAUAAGUAUGGUUGGAAGAGUUUUAUUCGAGACAAUAACUUAGCAGUUGGAGAUUUUUGUGUUUUUGAAAUGACUGGAAAAAACAGUACAACAGUCGCUUUCAAAGUUGAAAGUUUUAGGGCUUCUUGAUCAGCCAUAUCAAGUUUGGGUGCAUUUUUUGAAAUAGGGUAAUGUACUCUCUUUUUUUUUCCUUAGGGUGUAACCUUGAUCAUAUAUGGAACUUGUGGUACGAUUGAUGUAUGAUCAUUUUGACUAUAGUGUUGAAAUAUUGUGGUUGCAACUCAUUCAUUAGCUGGGCGUGCUAUAUCUCUAGCUGUGAGGGCUAAGUGAGUUGAACAUAUUUUUCUAUACGGCUUUAAUCUAUACCAUUUGUGUUGUACGGCUUUAAUCUA